ACUGGUACUGUACAGCGGUUGAACGUGCAUCUCCAUGGUAACAAUAUGACGUGGAAAGUGACAGCAUCUUUGAAGGCUCCUAGUGGCAACAAGAGUAUUUCUGUUGCCACUAAAACAGUUCCUGGCAAUUCCUAUUCUACAAUUGAUAUAAAGGUUCCACAAAAUGUAACUGUCAAAGAUAACACCAAGAUCAAGCUACAGGUUCACGGUGUUUCACAAGACGGCAAACAUCAAUUCAAGAAAGAACAACAGUUGUUUCUCGAGAAAACGGAAAACAAAGAAGCUUUCUUCAUUCAGACAGACAAAUCCACCUACAAUCCAGGACAGACAGUUCGAAUAAGAGUAAUUGGAGUAAAACAUGAUUUAAAACCGUUGGAARGAAAGGUCAAGCGAGUCUUCAUAUUGAAUCCAAAUGGAGUACGCAUGGCUCAGUGGGAUGACGUCGACUUCAAAAACGGUAUUGCUAAUGUUGAGAUGCCUCUUUCCAAACAACCUGUGCUUGGUAAAUGGAUCAUUGUAGCGAGCUACCGAUUAACUGCAAAGCAAACUCCAGGGACUUCUGCUCACACGUACAAGGUUUGUAAACCGAGAAAUUUGCAUACUCUUAGUUUCAACAUUUAUAUGUAA